AUGCAGCUAACACCAGAAUCGCACCACCGUAUAGCCUGCAUCACAGACGUAAUUAACCUCCGUUAGUAAGGUCUGCGAAGCAGGGCAGAUGUCCUUGUUCUGGCCCCCAACGGAGUGGAUGAAUUACCGUUAGUGCGUUUCAAAUUUCCUUUCAUCCUGAUUGGCAAAUCGACAGUGGCUUUUUUAAAAGGCCAAUCAUGGCACGUACUCAAAUCCUGGUACACAAGUGUAGGCCCAGAACAAGGAUUUCGGCGCUGUUUCGCAGACGAACAUAACCAGAGUUUAGUUUUGCCUGUGGCGCAGGCUUACCACCGUACUAUGCAUGACUAUGCGUCCAUCGACGAGGUGCUGUCCGAGCUUGAGCUCAGGUUUAGCGGAAAUGAUCAGGAAAUACUGUGUUCUUUGGGAAACUUCUGUCACAGUGAAACACCUGUUAAACAAAGCUUGAGUUUUCCUGCAUUGCUAAAUUGUAGAAAAUCGACGGCGAGAUUUUCGAAGCCGAGCAGACAAUAUACGCGAGGUUUCGUCGUGUGCACGGAUUAGGCUACAUGACUGUUCCAGAAAUGCUGGAGGCAAUGCACGAGAAUGAUCUUUUUUUCUGGUGUUUUCUAAUGUGGUAG